CGAUGACACACCCAUGAGGCGGCAAAAUUCCCUCAUCCCCUCAGUUUCCAGCAACGCAGCCUCCAAGAACGAACUGCGCGACAAUUCUACCACUGUUCCAAGCUGUAUACCUUUAUUGAGUUUCGAAUGCUGGAUCAAGAUGUUCGUCCAUCCGUUGCCAGACAACGCCAAACCAUCGCUCCUAUUUCGCGCCGAGUGCAGUAGUAACACAAGCUUCAGAGAAGGCUACCUGUGUGCACGGAGAACGAUCUAUGAAGGCCCGCCAUCAUUGCAAGAGUUUGAUGAUCAUCUGUCUUGGAAAAGAAAGCCCACACGAUUCCUAUCCUUCGGCACUUGGAAGCGGGCCAUGCAGCGACGGAAAACACUGGAAAGAGAGGGGAAAACGGAUAUUGUUGUGAUCGCAGUAUGGGUAGAGCAUUUGUCGGGUGUAUACAGCGCAGAGAAGAUCGCAGCCAGGCUUGGAUAUUCUGAUACAGGGCUGGAUCCUCGGAGGAAGAUAUGGAACCACCGUGACGAAUACCUUGUGGAAGGCGGCAUUGUGGCUGAUGAAUAUCGUGUCCUUGCCAUCUUCGAGGGUGGGGGCCCGCCACGCAAUAUCGUCUUUGAAUACCCUUCUUGUCGGAUAGCAGCAACACUUCCGAGCGGAUUUUUCCCUGGGCGGAGAUCACACAACGCAUUGGGGGAUAUAGAAGAUGAAAUCUACAGUCAUUUGGGAGUUUGCGAUAAUAUGAAACGAGACGGGCUUGUGAGAGCAAUUACUGGAACUUCCCAGUUUCUUCUGACCAUGUAAUACAAUUGUCCGGGCCAAAAUGAAACACUUGGGUCCUAGUUGAUUUACCUGUUCGCCAGUUGGAAGAAGCCAUCAAAAAUAAAGGACCUCGCCGAAUCAGAAUACAGUUAAUUGGUUUACCCAGCCAUCGAACCGUAACUUCAUUAUAUCCCCCAGAUUGAUUGACCCAUCUGCUUCCACCGUGACCUGUCCCAAGUCCCGAAGAACCUGCUCGAUAUACUCGCCCGCACCACUGAAUUUCAAAAUCCGCGAGAUGGCACAAUGAAUGCCCAGAAGCCGAGGAGAUGGCAUAUUUAUCGUAUCGGUAGGACUCCUCGCUUUGGGGCACACGUGGCAAGUCUCGUAAUACAGUACAGUUUUCUUUCCAAAAGCAUUAAAUAUGGAGUCUGAGAGUUAGGCGGUUUUGAUUGAUCAUCCUUUGAUGUCAC